AUGCCUGAUCAAGCCACGAGGGUGCUUGCUGUGGCAAGUCACGUAGUUUCGGGAUACGUCGGAAACAAAAUCGCAGUGUUUACUCUUCAAUCCCUUGGCUACGACGUCGCUGCGUUGAAUACUGUCCAGUUUAGCAACCACACAGGCUACAGGCAAUGGACAGGCACAAAGGUCUCUGCGCAGGAGGUUACAGACCUCUACGAUGGGCUGCGACAGUCGUACCUUGACGACUUCGACAUGAUGCUCUCGGGAUACAUUCCCGGGGCGGAAGCUGUAGUGGCCGUCGGCGACAUCGCCAAGGAACUAAAGGAGAAGAAUAAGCGUUCGCCGAGUGGUUUCUUCUGGGUUCUGGACCCCGUCAUGGGCGACAACGGCAAGAUUUACGUGGAAGAAGAUGUGGUGCCGGCUUACAAGGGGCUGAUCCAAUUUGCCGAUUUGAUCCUGCCCAACCAGUUCGAGGCCGAGCUUCUCUCAGACCUGAAGAUUGUGGGCAUGGCCAGCCUGAAAGCAGCCAUACAAGCCCUCCAUGAAAAGUACCGCGUUCCCCAUGUCGUCAUCACGUCCGUCAACUUCUCCCCAUCGGGUCAACCACCUUCCCAUUCGUCAGUCGUUGGCUCCAGCAUGACUUCGGCCGGGAACUCGCGCCUCUUCCAAAUCACGUUCCCCUCCAUCGACUGCUACUUCUGCGGUACCGGUGACAUGUUCGGGGCCUUGAUUACCGCCCGCAUGCGGGAAGCAGUUGGGCGCGUGCCGGGACUGGUAGAUCGCGCCAGCUGGCUGAGCGACGAUUCCGUCGCCCCUACAGAACUGCCUCUGGCGCGGGCGACGGAAAAGGUUCUGGCUAGCAUGCAUGAGGUGCUGACAAAGACGCGGGACGACAUGCAGGCCGUGAUGGAUCGAACGAGAGCAAGCCUGGCGGAAGAGGACAGAGCGAGUGGCAAGGGGGAGCAGCAAAUCAAGUCCAAGGCAUCAGAGCUGAGGCUGGUGCAAAAUCUGCCAAGUUUGCAAGAUCCCAGGGUUCAGUUUAGAGCACGGGAUGUUUGA